AUGGAAACACGAAAGAAGACGUCUAUGAUUCUUGAACAGAACACGAUUGGAUCCCGGCAAGUUGAAUAUUUGCCUGUUGUUGACGAUAAUGUUUCUUGUUCUGGAUCGCAUAAUACCUGUAAGGGUAGUCAGGCUCGAAGUUCGGUUAGUGCACGUUCUGCUGUUAGGCUGGCGGAGCUUAAGAGAAAGCAAGCCGAAACUGAGCUGGAGAUUGCUAAGUUACGGUUAGAAAUAGAAGUGGGCGCGAACAGCCAUGAACAUCUCGCCACCUCAAGUCAUGUGCCUGAAAUCAGAAAGGAACGUAUGAGUCAGUUUUUGAAGGAUUGUCAAGAAGCAGUGCCACCUCCAGUUACCCCUAUGCCGUAUUACCACCCGUUUUUGGGAGCUUGUCAACCGCCACUAGAUCUGCCGAGAGUCGAGUUAGAAUUUUUUGAUGGUAAUCCGAUGACUUAUUGGAGGUUCAUCAAACAGUUUGAAUACUUCGUUGAGGGUCGCGUAAGUGAUAGCGGCCAGCGGUUGCUGUACCUUGUGUAUUAUUGCAGAGGGCGUGCUAAGGAGGCAAUUUGUGAAUGCACGAUACUUCCACCAGAGUUGGCUUAUAACAGGGCUCGAUGCAUUCUUCAAAAUCUUUUUGGUCAAAAUCAUGUCAUU